GGACAAACCCUUACCGAACAGCUACGGCACUGGUUCUGGAGUUCGAUCAAUUUAUCGAACCCGUUUCGACCCAUUAUCAACAGAGAGAAUAUGGGAGGAAGCGAGUAUGACGGACAUCUAUGGACAAUACCUGUUGAGUUCAAAGGUUCGCUGCUCGUAUUCUUCCUUCUACUUAUCUUUGCUCGGACAAAACGGUGGAUUCACAUGGCUGGCGUUAUGGGUACAGCCUUCUGGCUGGUUCGUAUCGGCGACUGGGACCAGUCUCUUUUCUGUAUAGGCCUGUUACUUGCAGAGAUCUCAAUCAUCCUUCCCAACAGCAGCCCGCCGUCAGAUGCAGCCGAACAUGAGACCCUCGGCUAUAGCAACGCGAUCACUACGAAGUUUGGAUUAAGGAUCGUCUACAUCUUUCGUCACGCCGGUACUUUGGCUCUCUUUUUCCUCGGCUUGCACCUCUUCUCGUACCCGGAGUAUUACGGCUCAUCGACUCCGGGUUUCAUUACAAUUUCCCAGUGGGUGCCUGCCUACUACCAAGCUACGUCAGACCGGACUCAACUCUUCUGGAACUCUAUUGGCGCCGUCAUAUUCGUCUUUGCCCUGAUGUACUCCCCGGCCGUAUCAUUCAACCUCGAUGUCCCAUUGGUUUGCAACUUUCGCUUGCCCUGGUACCAAACCAGUCCUAGCCUCAAUGACAGAGACAAGGAAGAACUCGCAGCGGCAACGUUUCCAGAUUGCGAAGCAGUCAGGUUCGAACCACUUCUCCAGCGGCCUUUUACCACAAGCUUCGCCCAAUAUCUAGGGCGCAUCUCGUACUCCCUGUAUCUGUGGCAUGGUGCCAUAAACCACAUGAUCGGAGUGAGAUGGCUGUCUCCGGCGUAUUCCGCGCUGCAGCUUGCUCAAACCCAGGCUCAGACACUUACAGAGGGUGGCAACGAGGCCGCGGCAAUAGACUUAACGCAAACGGCUUGGAGUGCGUACAGGCUUGCGUUCUUGUACGGAACCCUGGUCAACACACUUGCACUCUUGUGGGCGAGCGAUGUCUUCAAUGCAUUGGUGGAUGUAAACGCGGUCAAGCUGACUCGUUGGUUCGGUGAAAAGGCUUGGAGGAGGGAUUGACUAAACAUAUAAUCUUGUCCCUUGUCCAUGCGAUAAGCCUCAUAAGCGUGCAAAUCAUUCUUUCAUGAUCUUUCCAUUGAAUAAUUACUGAAAAUCAAACCCUUCCGUUCAAAAACCAAGAAGACAAAAAAUUUUUUUUGUUGUUCUAUUUAACGCCAUGGCGGCAAGGGCGCAGCCGCCCUUGCGGCAGACCUCCC